UUUGUUUCGGUCUUAUCAUAUUCUACGGUACUACGGCACUGGGAUAAAUCGGCAUCAUAACGGCGCAACUAUUGAAUAGCUUCCUUAAGGGCUCGCCCCACCAAACAACGAUAGACAUCAUGCAGAAACUGUACUCGGAGGCGCCGACUAGUGGACCCAUCAGCAUGACUAGUCAGUCCGGCGGUUCCGCGGGAGGUGGAGGGAACAAUGCCGGCGGAGGCGGUGUUGGAGGGGGCGGCGGCAACCAGUCAAAUCCCAACUCCCAGAACCCUAACAACAACAAUAAUAAUAAUAAUAUUGGGAACAAUGGCAAUGGGGGCAACAUGAGUCCUCUAGCUCGUGCACCCUACUCCAUGAAUGCAAUGAGUAUGCCCGUCGGAGGAGGUAUGUCUUCAGUGUCACCGCAAACUGCAGCUACUUUUGGUUCCAGUGUUUUAGAUUCAGCAGCAGCUGUGGCCAGUAUGGGAGGAUCGAUGGGCGCAGCGGCGGCUAUGAAUUCCAUGGCACAGAAUUGUAUGACGCCCAGUAGCAUGAGCUAUGCCUCGAUGGGAUCACCAUUGGGGCAAAUGGGCAACUGCAUGGGCGGUGGGAUGUCUACAAUGGCUGCGAUGGGUGGAUAUUCGUCCAUGGCUGCAGCCGCCAGUGCUCGGGAAUUGGACACUGGUUCCCCCAAUUCGUUGAACAGGUCCAGGGUUGAGAAGCCCACAACAUAUAGACGCAGCUACACACAUGCGAAACCACCAUAUUCCUACAUUUCCUUGAUCACCAUGGCCAUCCAGAAUAAUCCGACGCGCAUGCUAACCUUAUCCGAAAUAUACCAGUUUAUAAUGGAUCUGUUCCCUUUCUAUAGACAGAACCAACAAAGGUGGCAGAAUUCCAUUAGACACUCAUUAUCUUUCAACGACUGCUUCGUCAAGAUUCCACGCACCCCCGAUAAGCCUGGCAAGGGAUCGUUUUGGACUUUGCACCCUGACUCGGGUAAUAUGUUUGAAAACGGAUGUUAUCUCAGACGCCAGAAGCGUUUUAAAGACGAGAAGAAAGAAGCCAUUCGCCAGAUGCACAAAUCGCCCUCGCAUAGUAGUUUAGAGGCCACAUCCCCGGGCAAGAAAGAUCAUGACGAUUCGCAUCACAUGCAUCAUCACCAUCACCACAGUCGGCUGGACCACCAUCAGUCCCACCACCACCAUAAAGACAGCGGCCUUGGUGGGGCCUUGAGCUCUGCACAUAGUAAAGAUGCCGAAGCCUUAGCCAUGUUGCAUGCCAAUGCCGAAUUGGCAUGCUUGGGGCAACAGGCCCAGCAUGCCCCAUCACACCACCAGCACCACCAUCAGCUGCAGCAGGAAGAGCUAUCCAGCAUCACCAGCAUGGUCAAUCGUUGUCACCCUUCCCUGAUAAGCGAUUACCAUUCAUCCAUGCACCACCUGAAGCAGGAACCAUCCGGCUAUGCUCCACCCAGCCAUCCAUUUUCCAUCAAUCGGCUAUUGCCGACUGAAUCAAAGGCCGAUAUCAAAAUGUACGACAUGAGUCAAUAUGCUGGCUACAAUGCGCUAAGUCCUCUGACAAAUUCACAUGCUGCCUUGGGUCAAGAGUCAUAUUACCAAAGUUUGGGUUACCAUGCACCAGCCGGUACGACUACCUUGUGACAUCACCAGUACCCCUUGGCUUAAGGACGAGCGGAGCAGAUGCUACUGCGUAAUACGGCUCCAAGCUUGAACACGAGUGGUAGCAACAGCGCCGGCACAUGCAUUGGGGCAACGGGCACCACGUCGUCAACCACCAGCAGUAGCAUCUUCUCAACAG